UGAGCUCUCUGCUCUCUUCUCUCACUUUUACCCUUUUCAAUUUUCAUUCCGUAAUCAAUAUUUGGUUUGGAUAAAAAAACCUUGUAACUUGUUCGAUUUCACUCCGUUGGCUGUUUUACGGUACCGGAAUACAACUUUCUGGGAACUCUCUCUGGUUUUGAUUUCGUAUAAUUCGGAGUUUUAUUUUCUAGGCUCCGAAUUUUUAAAGUGUUCCCCUGAACUCUCUAGGGUUUAGAUUGGUUCUUAUCGGAAGAAGAAGAAGAAGAUGAGUAACACACCAGCAACGGCGGCGGCGGCGUCAUCAUCUAAAUCCAAAGCUGCGGGAACUUCUCAGCCACAGGAAAAACGCAAAACCCUCUUUCAGAAAGAAUUGCAGCAUAUGAUGUAUGGAUUUGGCGAUGAGCAAAACCCACUUCCAGAGACUGUGGCGCUUGUAGAAGACAUUGUUGUGGAGUAUGUCACAGAUUUGACACAUAAGGCUCAAGAGAUUGGUUCAAAGCGAGGUAGACUUCUUGUUGAUGACUUCUUGUAUCUUAUCCGCAAGGAUUUGCCAAAACUGAACCGGUGUAGAGAACUGUUGGCGAUGCAAGAAGAGCUCAAACAAGCUCGUAAAGCUUUUGAUGUCGACGAAAAGGAGCUAGUUGAUUGAUCUUUCUCACUCACAAGUCACAAGUAAGCUUGUUUGUAGGUGACCUUUUGGAGUUAAAAAGAUCUUAGUGAUUAGUAUUUGAAUCUCAAGACUGUAAAAAACAAGUGGAAUUGAAAUUUAGAUACAUUUCAUUUUUUACUAA